ACAGGCGAUGACGUCACAUGUUCCGGCUCCGCCGCACAGAGGCAGUUGUACAAGCAGAGAUCAUGCCGACCACUUUAUGGACUAUCGUAUUUAUUGUUUUUACUGCCUUCACGUGUUCGUGCGGUUGUUUUAAUAAAUAUGGAGUGUAUGAGGAUAUACCAGCGAUCGCCGGAUAUUUCAGCACGAAAGGGAGGUAUGAGGAAGUGAACCCGUAUCUGCGGGAGGACAUACUGGCUGUAAACACAUCUGUCCUCCAGCCUCCGUCUGCACAAUGUCGCCAGAUCCAUCUGACCGCCAUCAUAAGACACGGCACGAGAUACCCGACCACCAAGAACGUGAAGAAGAUGCAGAAGCUGUACGACAUCGUGCGACUCAAAGCCUCGAGCGAGGAGAGCUGGCUGCAGGAGAUCCUGACCCAGUGGAGGAUGUGGUACACGGAGGACAUGGACGGCCGGCUGGUUCAGAAAGGAGUGGACGACCACAGACAUCUGGCAGUCCGGCUGGCAAAGCUGUUCCCCGGACUGGUUUCCGAGGAGAAGCUCCGAGGGGGGUUCGUCAAGUUCAUCACCAGCUCCAAGCACCGAUGUGUCAACAGCACGCUGUCCUUCAAAGCGGGGCUGACGGGGCUGUGGGGCAUUAAAGAUAUGGAGUUUGACCACGCAGUGAACGACGCUCUCAUGAGGUUUUUUGACCAGUGCACCAGGUUCAUAGAGGAAGUGGACAACAACCCGACAGCAAUGAGCGAGCUGGAUAAGUUCAAGGAGGGGCCGGAGAUGAAGAGGGUCCAGCAGAAGAUCGCUGAUCGUCUUGGAGUCCCAUACAGCCUCAUCACAGAUGAUAUGGCUGAAGCUGCCUUUUACCUGUGUGCGUACGAGUUUGCCAUCAAGACGGUGAAUUCCCCGUGGUGUCGGCUGUUCGAUGAGGUCGACGCUCAGGUUAUGGAAUAUGCAAAUGAUCUGAAGCAGUUCUGGAAGCGAGGGUAUGGCUAUGACAUCAACAGCAAGUCGAGCUGCGUUCUUUUCCACGACGUCUUCACCCGCCUGGAGAAAGCAGUCAACGAGAACAAGUCAGGCCAGCAGGUGACUGAAGCUGUGACGGUCCAGAUCGGCCACGCUGAGACCCUCCUGCCACUGAUUACCCUGCUGAGCUUCUUCAAGGACGCCGACACACUGAUGUCGACCAACUUCGCCACGCAAACACAGCGCUCCUUCCGGACCAGCCGCAUGUUGCCCUACGCCGCCAACUUGCUAUUUGUGCUGUACGACUGCGGGGCGGGGGACGUCCGGCUGCAGCCACUGCUCAAUGAGCAGCCUGUGACUUUCCCCGGACUGAGCGAUCCGCAGGCCUCCAUGCCUCGCUACCAGGACGUCCUAGAGCGCUACAGGGAUCUGCUCCAAGGCUGCGACUUUGAGGCUGAGUGUCAGCUGUUUAAGCAUCCGGUCGAACUAUAAGCUGCUGCUAUGUGAGCUUUUUAUUGUCUUUAUAAACCUUAAUUGGUGCAAACAGGGUUUUUCCCAUCAGCAGUUUUCAAUGCUCCACCCAUGUAAACUGUGAGCACAUCACUGUUUGAAUUUCUACUUGAAUAGACCAACCGGAGAGCUUUCCUACUCACUUUAUCUGAUGCUUUAAAACAGCUGAUCCAAGCAGGGGAAAAUACUGUCAGGUUUUUUUUUUAACUAUAUUGUCCUUUUUUUUUUCAAACAUAAUUUUUUGGCUGAACAAUGUCAAGGCAUUGAAUAAAGACUUUAUUUUUGCAGUGCACACAUGUGACGUUCCUUACUUUCUAAACAAGUCUG